AUAUGAGUUCUUGCAUUGCUCUUAACGAUUACGUGAGAGGAAGAAAGAGUAGAGUCCUAGUGCGGGGUUUAGUAAGGGACGGGGUUAUUAUUAUUCUCGCUGCUUGUUUCCACCUCCUUGUCCUGGCGAAGGCUCGAGCAUUAAAAUGGAGGCGGAAAGAUCCGGCGGAGUGACUGGGGGAACGAACCAGAACUCUGGAGGCAGCGGCGUGGGGCGCAACCCGAACGGGCCGAAAUCAGUACUCGGGCAGGCGACAACAACAGCGGCGGCAGCAGCAGCAGCAGCAGCCGGGCCGAUGGCUGGGUCGUCGCUGCCUCGGGAACCACAAGACGGUGACGCAGGCCUAUCGCUUCCUGGGAUCUUGCACUUUAUCCAGUUCGAAUGGGGACGCUUCCAGGCCGAGAAAUAUCGCUGGGAAGCCGAGAGAGACGAACUCAGGGCUCAGGUGGCGUUCCUCCAGGGUGAGAGAAAGGGCCAGGAGAACAUGAAGCAGGACCUGGUAAGACGGAUCAAGAUGCUGGAAUUCGCCCUCAAACAGGAGAGGUCUAAACAUCAGAAGCUGAAGACAGGCUGUGACCUGAGUCCUGGGGAGAAGAAACCCGACACGGAGGCAGAACUAGUGCCCAAUGGGCCGGCAGAGUCUGACUCUGAGCCAGCCAAUCAGAUGUCGUGGAAGGAGGGCCGUCAGCUACUCCGCAAGUACCUGGAGGAGGUUGGCUACUCAGACACCAUCCUGGACAUGCGUUCGAAGCGCGUGCGCUCCCUCUUGGGUCGCAGCAGCCCCGAGGCCAACGGACCCCCAGCCGGAGAGCAGCAGCCCAGCCCCGACCCAGAGCCCCUGUCCGGGGGGAAGUCUUUGCUGGUCCGGCAGAUAGAAGAGCAGAUCAAGAGGAAUGCAGCAGGGAAAGAUGGUUCUAAGGAGCGUAUGGGCGGCUCCAUGCUAGAUAAGAUCCCCUUCCUGCACGGCUGUGAGGAUGAUGAUGAGGAUGACAGUGAUGAGGAAGAUGACUUCCAGGGCAUGGGCACGGACUGUAUAGACGGCCAACGUAACAAGAACAAAAAGCCCCGCAUUAAGAUGGGAACUGAGCCUAUGACGACAGACCUGGACCCUGAUGAUGAGGAGGAUGAAGACGACUCAGAGGAUGCCCUGAGCGAGUUUGACUUCCUGGGUUCAGGGGAGGAGGGGGAGGGGGCGGGAGAGGCCCGUAUCUCAGGGGACGGCCGGGAGUUAGAGAACCGCAGGAACAAGUUACAGGGAAUGAUGUCGGACUUCCCCCCCAAACCCUCCCCGCCCCCCUCUGUGUCAGGACAGUCUCGCUCUGGGGAAGGUGGCGCUCUGGGUUUUUCCUCUGACGUCUUCAUCCUGGACGCCGUUGGGGGCAGCGACAUGAACCUAGGAGAGCUGGCUGACCUCACGGUUGCGAACGACAACGACCUCACUGUGGAUCUGCAAGAUAACCAAGAGGAGUUUAAGAAGACAUGGAACCCUCGCUUCACGCUGCGCAGCCAUUUUGAUGCCAUCAGAGGGUUGACGUUCCACCCCAGCCAGGCGGUUCUUCUCACAGCCUCUGAAGACGGAACCCUGAAGCUGUGGAACCUGAACAAGGCCAUGCACUCUAAGAAGAACGCAGCUCUGGAUGUUGAGCCCAUCUACACCUUCAGAGCCCACAGUGGUGCAGUCCUAUCGUUGGCCAUGGGUGUGGAUGGAGACUCAUGCUUCAGUGGAGGUCUAGAUGGGACGGUGCGCUGCUGGAAGAUCCCGGACCUGAACGUGGACCCCUAUGACAAUUACGACCCGGGCAUAGAGAGCAGUGUGUUGUCGGGUCAUGACGACUCUGUGUGGGGUUUGACAUACUCUGCCUCCCAUCACCGUCUGGCUUCCUGCUCUGCUGACGGCACCGUCCGCAUCUGGGACCCCCAGAACUCCUCCCCAUGUCUGUCCGUCUUCAACAAGGAGAAAGAGCAUGGCACACCCACCUCAGUGGCCUUUGUCAACUCCGACCCUGACCGGGCCGUGGUGUCGUUUGACAGAGGCGAGACGCUGCUUUACGACCUGAACACAGAGCAGAUCGUUAUGGCCCUCGAGACCGGGACCAAGGACGGCAGUGAGUUGAUUAACUGCGUGGUGAGCCACCCCUCAGAGCCCAUCUCCAUCACUGCACACGAGAACCGCACUAUCCGCUAUCUGGACAACAAGACAGGUAAAGUGAUCCAUUCUAUGGUAGCCCACCUGGAUGCUGUCACCUGUCUGACCACGGACCCCAAAGGCACUUACCUCAUCUCUGGCAGCCACGACUGCUCGGUGCGCCUGUGGAUGCUGGACAACCGGACGUGUGUGCAGGAGAUCACAGCCCACAGGAAGAAGCAUGACGAGGCCAUCCACGACGUGGCAUUCCACCCCUCGCAGCCCUUCAUCGCCUCGGCCGGAGCAGACGCGCUCGCCAAGAUCUUCGUCUGACAGUUUUCACAGAGAGGGCCUGCCAAUCGUCAUCCUCACUGCCCGACAAACACAACUUGACCAGAAGAGAUUGAUGACUCUAAUGGACAGACCUCAUCUGCCCACACACACACACACACACACACACACACACACACACACACACACACACACAACUGUCCUGCACCCCACUGGCUGGGUUAAUGUCACAGGACUACAUUACCCAGAGUUCUCUAGCUGUCCAAGAAUGCCUCAGUAACCUUUUGUGAUACUAACCAUUCUGUUUUUCUAAGCACUGCUGGGUUUAUAACUGGUCAGUUUACUGCACUACGAUCCUCUAUUCAUUUCUCCUUCUACUCACUGUGUGGACUCAAUGUCUGUUGACUUUAAUGACUGUGCAUGUCCAUGCGUCGCCUACUACAACCACACCCACAAACCGGCUGACGUUCACUUUGAAGCUUGUUUCUUUUAUUUUUAUGUUUUUAUAAAAAUGCUUAGCUCACUUGUUGCUAACACUUCCACUGUAAGUACAUAACAGCUGCAAAGCCCCGUCUCCGCCCAGUGAUGGCGGUAGCCAGAGUGGGAACGACGCAUUUCAUUCCAAAGACUUCCCGGUAUUUUAGUUUGUGUGCUUUGGAGACACCCUCCAGUCACUGUCGGAACAGACCGCUUUAAUUUCAGCCUCGUCGUUAAGACUCUAAAGUCAGAGAGCUCCGUGUCCGGUGUUUUAUGGUCCUCCAUUCCACAGGUAUCCUGCGUGCGUGCGUGCGAGUACGUGCGUGCGUGUGAUAGUUUAUUACACUACCCACAAUGGCUCACUAAGUCCCUCUCCUAUGAGAGAAGUAACAAUGUCGUCAUGUGGCACGAUAUCACCUGUCUCCAUCCCACCUGGUACUGGUUCCUGGUUGUCGCCGUUUACUGGCUCUGACACCGGGCCCAAGAUGCGGACACCGAUUCAGUUUUUGCACUGUGUAUGUUGCACUUGUAUAAUCUUGGUGCUAUGACCUCGUCCGUCGAGAGCCCGUUGGAGCUGAGUGUGUCUUGUUUGUCCAGUGUGUUAUCAGGCGUCUCUCCAGGCCAGGUUGUGUGUUGGUCGUUAUUAUUUCACAGGAAGACUAACAUUCUAAGCAAACACUUAUCCGUUGGUUUUGUGUGUGUGUGUGUGUGUGUGUGUGUGUGUGUUGGCCAUUGACAUCAGGAUGGCUGGUCUGUGAAGGAGUAUGUGGACAUAAUUAGUGGCCCCACUUUAGCCUCUAGAUGGCGUCCAGUGUUCUCUCCAUUCCAUAGCAUCUAGUCAGUAUGGGCUUUGUGCUUAUUAUUUAUUUAGGCAAUUUGUAGACAAGCCAUUGAAAAGAAUGGUGUUGAUGAGGUUGCUGGAGCCGGGCGUGUGUCAGUUUGACUACACUGCAUGGUCCAGCUGUCCCAUAGUCGGAAACUGGCAUCUCUUCCUGCAUUAAUGGAGCCAGCAGAGAAAAUGAGGCCCCAGGACAUUGGAACAGCAGCCAGAAGAAGAGCCUUCACCCCUCCUUUCCUCUCUUCCCCUAUGGAGAGGAACAAACACUACCUAACCCACAAAUCCUCAGCCUCCUUCAAAGACCAAACUGGACAGGGUCACUGACCGUUUCCCAUCCGGGGUCACUUGGUUCGUCAAUGUUUGUGGACCGGUUUUCUUUUCCGGCAAGGGAAAACCAACGUGGGCGAUCGUAGUGCGGAGCUGUUGGGAGCCGCGGGCGACCGCCGAAGCCGACGGUCUAGGUCAGAGGUGAUGUCGUUGGGUGGCUGGGCUCCUGGUCUAUAUUUGUACUUUCCAGGGUGUAUCAGAGGCGGGAGCCCGGCAGGCUGCUGUUUAGCUGUGGAAACAUGGUUCGACAUUGUUCCACCACACGGACAGUAAAGACUGAAUGGUCCAAUAGCAGCAUGUCAAUGAGUAACGGGUCCCUUCCGGCGCGUGACCACAUGGCAUUGCCUACCUGAAUGGUUUGGCCCCCGUUUGGGUUAGGGGGGUCGGACACUGGGUCUGUGACCAGGGAUACGUUUGGCCUAAAGUUCUCCAUGCAACGUGGUCAAAGCACCAGACGUUACUGGUCAGAAUGACCAAGACAGAUCAAAGUUUUCCCCGCUCCACCGAAAAACCUCAUGAGAAAACACUUUGGUCUGUUGGCUCGGUUGAGUAAACAACAGCGUUCCGUGGUUGCUUUCGCUUCAUUGAUUUGUUACUGCCACAGUAUGUUGAAUUGAGUGAGGUGCAGAGAAUGCCUCGGAGCUACUGUACGGUAAUGUUUUGAGUGACAGUCGCACGAACUGCGGCCUAACUAGACUAACAAAGUAACGGUUGGUUGGCUGUAUACAGCACUAGACCCAGAGCGUCCCUGUAGUUAAGUGUCACAUCAACAUGAGAUUGCAGGACUGUGUUGGAAGAACUCUACACCCUAUGUGAGUCUGUACACAUGUAGGUUUGUAGUCUUGAGGAAUAGAUUCAUCAGUCCUACUGAGGAUAGAAAACUCAACAUGACAUCAGGAAAGAAAUGUCUGUAAAUCAUAAGAGCGCCCAUUAUGUCCACAUUCAUUGUUUUUGUUUUUGUUGCUUUUAUUAUUAUUAUUAUUAUGGUUGUAAAGAUGUAAGAAUACUGUAGUAUCAUAAGUGAAAUAAUUCUUCUUUGCAUAGAACUUGCUUGUGAUUGAUAUUGACAAUGUAUACCAUGUUGGGGAAAAAGGAAAAAAAAAGAGGAAAAAUUACAAAAGACCUAAAAACAUUGAAGGUGAUCAGUCCGAGGCCAAGGUAAAGGACUCUUGUUUCUUUGUGUUUUUAUUUUUUUAAUAGCAACUUAUCACCGUGUGAUAUUUUGUACAUCAUAUUAAGGCUGUAUUCAAACAAUUUCCUGUAACGACAAGGGAUAAGAGACUUGCUUUUUAUUGAGUUUGUUUUAUUAUAUAUAUUUUUUGAACUGCAUUCUAGCUUGUAUCAAAUUACAGAUUUUCUUUCCUUUCUUUUGGUUUUGUUUACUUUGCGGCUCUCGUGUUGUAUAAAGAAGAAAACAAAACAAAAAAAUAAAAUAACAAUUUUGUACAGUGAAUUCAGAA